AUGCCGCCUCCCCUCAACACGCUUGCCGAUUCCCUCGGCCAUAACACGCUGGGGAAGGCCGACCUCAUUGUUCAGUCUGUUCUGCUCGCUCUGAGCUUUGUCGCUGUGGGUCUGCGACUGUGGUCGCGACGGUCGCUACAGGUGAAUGACUGGCUGGUUUUAGCAGCGACCCUUAUUGCAAUCGGUCGCUAUGUGGUGGAAAUGAUCAUGGUUCUGCGAUGCGGGCUAGGGCUUCAUGCAGCCGAAGUAGUCGAGACUGGAGGGCCCGAGGCAUUUGUUCAAUUGGUCAAGAUGGCCUAUAUUGGUGAUCUUCUCUGGACGACCGCUGUUGCCUUAGUCCAGCUGUCUAUCCUUCACUACUACGUCAGUGUUUUCUCUCAGCGGACCUUCAAGUGGUUUGCGUGUGGCACGAUGACUCUGAGUCUGGCCCUAUGGAUUGCCAGCUUCCUGGCCACUGCACUCUUUUGCAUUCCGCCGUCGAAGAUCUGGCUCCCUGACACGUCCGGUCACUGUGGAGAUAGAAAAAAGCUGGAGAUGAGCUGCACUAUAUCCGAGCUCGUUCUCGGCAUGCUGGUUCUCAUUCUCCCAAUACCGAUGCUAUGGAGACAACAACAUCCACCGCCCAAAAAGGCCGGGCUGACAAUUACAUUCGUGCUAGGCGCUGGUAUCAUCACCAUAAUCGGUGUUCGCCUCAAGUACAUUAUCUCCCCAGAACCCGAAGAUCCAACUUACGGGUCCGCACUCAAAUCCAUCCUAACGGCUACUGUUCUACCUCUGGGUAUCAUCGUGUCCUGUCUUCCAGUCAUCUAUACGGCUAUCCGAUCAUCCAGUCGCAGACCUGGCUCCCCCAUGUCUGCGCGGUACUGGAAGACAACAGUCUUGUCAUCUCGUCGGCCGCCGGGUCACUUCCAGAUAGACGAGCCAGAAAUGCCGCUGGUCACAGUCACGCAGCCUGUCAUGGUAAAGGGUUCGGAUUUCCUUCGGGGCCAUAUCCAAGUCACCUCUGAUUGGGAGAUACAUUCGACGCGGGAUUCGUCGCGGCUUCGAGACUCGACACGGAUCGAGGGUAGGCCUAUACGUGAGGUCUGA